AACUAGUAUGUACUGGCGUAACACCAGAAAGAUGUUUGUUUACAACUAGUUUCAGUUUGUUAUUUGUUUAAUUGAACCGUAAAUGCCGUCGUCUUUUUGAUCGGAUGACUUUACAGUAAGACAGAUAACUUGUACAUCUGCCGUGAAGAUGACUGAUGCACAUGGAGAGAAAUCAUUUGUAUUUGACCUCCUAUCCAAGCGCCAUCAAAGACAGUUAACAAGUGUUCGACACAAGACGACAAUACAGUAUGCCGCACGACCUGACAUGGCAAAGCUGGCCUAUAGGAAACUGCCAGGGAAAAGUCCUGGAGUCGUGUUCCUGCCAGGUUUUGCCUCCAUCAUGGGCGGUCAGAAAGCAGAAGCCUUAGAGGAGUUCUGCAAAUCAUUAGGCCACUCAUAUCUCAGGUUUGACUAUUCUGGCUGUGGAUCAUCUGAAGGAGAAAUGAAAAACUACAGCAUCGGUGCCUGGAAGAAAGAUGUGCUAUAUAUACUGGAUGAACUUGUAGAGGGACCACAGAUCCUGGUAGGUUCCAGUAUGGGCGGCUGGCUGAUGCUGCUUGCGGCUCUUUCACGCCCAGAGAAGAUCGCUGCUUUAGUGGGCAUCUCCACGGCCGCUGAUCACUUUGUCACAGCCUACCAUGCGCUGCCAAUAGAGACAAAGAAGCAAGUAGAAGAACAAGGCUUUUGGAAGUUCCCUACCAAGCACAAUGAAGAAGGUUUCUAUACUUUGAGCUUAGACUUUCUGAAGGAGGCGGAGAACCACUGCAUACUUCACAGCCCCAUCCCUCUGUCCUGCCCGGUACGUCUCAUACACGGGAUCAAGGACUCAGACGUCCCCUGGCACGUCUCCAUGCAAGUUGCAGAACGCGUGCUUAGUAACGACGUAGACGUCAUUCUUCGCAAAAACGGGCAACACCGCAUGUCAGAGAAAGAUGAUAUUAAACUCAUUGUGUACACUGUAGACGAUCUCAUUGAUAAACUGACCACAUUAGGGUAAGGGGUCCUGAGAUGAAUCAAAGGGGAUUGUUUAAACACAUUUGACUUUCUCUGUUGUGUUGAUAAGAAAUGGAGAAAUUUUGGAAACGUUUAUGCUGCUCUUUCCAAUACCGUGAAAGUAGCAAGGGGCUGGUAUCAAAAAAUGCCAGCAUGAACAUUCAUCAAAAAUUUUCCUUUCGUAUUCCACAGAAGAAAGUUAUUGAGUAUAGAAAAACAUGAUUAUGUAAGUGCUGAAAUGGGAAUUUUGUAUAUUGGAGCAAAUUGUUUUAUUUUUAUGCGCAUAACAAAGUUUGCAUUUCUUUUACAUUAGUAAAUACAAUAAAUCCACAAAUAGACAUUCUAACCUCUGUCAACACAAAUGAAAAUGCCAAACCACAUGUGCUGUACCAGGAUCUCACCCUACUUUGCCUUAUUGUUUAUGUUGUUCUUGUAUUGUAGCUUUAUUAUAUUUUUAAAGUCAUCAUUUUUUUUACACGUAUCCUGACGCAGUGUUUUAUUUUAGAUGUGAUAUGAUCGUCUAAUGGCUCUAUUCUUUAAUUGUCUUCUUUCCCCUCUAAAGUACACAUCUAUAGACAGAUGCAUCCUGUGUUUGUGUUUCGUAUGUUCUUGUCUAUAUCUUAUUUCAAAGUAUCAUUUUGUUUCUGUGAUCUGGAAACAAAAUCAAAAGCAUAUAGAUCAGAAUAGCUAUGAUAUGCUUUUGAUGCAGCCAGGAAUUCAGCUUAUGGGACGGAUUCCAACAUCUUCAUUCUUAUUCAUGCAUUCAGUAUUUUGUAAAUAGAUGAACAGAGAACACAAUUUUAAAGAGUGAAAGAUUUAGAUCUAUAUAUGUACACUAAAUAAAUACUAUAUGUAUGUUUUA